ACACGCACGCAGAGCCGAUCGAAUCCUGGCUGGGUCCGAGCCCCAAACGAAGGAACAACGUUAAACGGGACUGCAGGAGUCGCGGGGGUUGCUCCAGCCACGCUCUGCAGCAUACGCAACAAAAAAAUAACAUAUAUAUCCACCGUCAGCCGCUUACUAAAGACUUGUGCGCUGACGCCAUCAAUCGUGGUCCAUCAUCAUCAAAGCAUCGUCAUCACCAACAAGAGCAGCAGCAGCAGCACUCCCACCGCGAAGCAUUCUACCUACAAACAAACACCGAAGCGGUUCUGCUCCAAUAUACUAUCAUCGCACAAAACAGUACGCGGUGGUCGGCCGAUCCUGCUGCGCGUUCCUGCACGCUCAGCUCUCACUUCGGGAGAACCAUCUUCAUAAACAAACAACAACAACAACAAAACAUCCAGAAGACUCCCCUAUAAACAGGACAUACUCUACAUAUGCCUAACAGUCUCAUCAUCUUUCAAAGUCAACCAUCGACGCCCCAGUGAUAUGAUGAGACGAAAUGUUAAAGUGCUCCUCUUGUUCUCAAUCGGAUGGAUGUUUGUUAUUGUUUACUACCUACAAACUGACAGCAAUAGAGGAGAGAAUAAGGCGCUGCGAUUGAAGGAUUUGUCCGUGGAGGCGGAGGAUAAUCGGUCGCUGGAUUCACCAGCAGCUCUGAUCCAAAGCGCGGAGACGACGGAUGGCCGACUGACGUGGAACUACUUCGAUGAAUCUGGUUACGUGUCCAGGGCCGGACUCAGAGCCGGCGAGGAUCCAUACUUCCGGAACAGGUUCAACCAGGUAGCCAGCGACAACCUGCCCAGCAACAGGGACAUUCCCGACACCAGAAACGCAAUGUGCCGUCAGAAGCAGUGGUCUUCAUCCAAUUUACCAGCCACGAGUGUCAUAAUCACAUUCCACAACGAGGCCAGAUCCACGCUCCUGCGAACCGUCGUCAGCGUCCUCAACCGGAGUCCGGAACAUCUGAUUAAGGAGAUCAUCCUCGUCGACGAUUACAGCGAUAAUCGUGAGGAUGGCGAAGAGUUGAGCAAGAUCCAAAAGGUCAAAGUGCUCAGGAAUGAGAAACGAGAGGGUCUGAUGAGGUCUCGGGUUCGGGGUGCAGAUGCCGCCACCGCUUCGGUGCUCACGUUUUUGGAUAGCCAUUGCGAAUGCAAUUCGAAUUGGCUGGAGCCGCUCCUGGAGAGGGUUGCAGAGGAUCCCAGGAGGGUCGUUUGUCCCGUUAUCGAUGUGAUCAGCAUGGAUACGUUCCAAUACAUUGGGGCUUCGGCCGACCUGCGAGGCGGCUUCGAUUGGAAUUUGGUGUUCAAGUGGGAAUACUUGAAUCUGGCGGAGAGACAAAGCAGACAGCAGGAUCCAACAAAAGAAAUUCGCACUCCGAUGAUUGCCGGAGGUCUCUUCGUAAUAGAUAAAAAUUACUUCGAUAAGCUCGGCAAGUACGACAUGAAGAUGGACGUGUGGGGAGGCGAGAAUCUGGAGAUUUCAUUCAGAGUUUGGCAGUGCGGCGGAAGCUUAGAGAUAAUUCCUUGCAGCAGGGUUGGACACGUCUUCAGGAAACGUCACCCGUACACAUUCCCUGGUGGAAGCGGAAAUGUCUUUGCAAGAAACACUAGGAGAGCUGCAGAGGUUUGGAUGGAUGAAUACAAGAAGUUCUAUUAUAACGCUGUGCCUUUGGCGAAGAACGUUCCAUUUGGAGAUAUCGAAGAUCGACUCAGUUUGAGGAAGCAGUUGGAGUGCAAACCAUUCAAAUGGUACUUGCAGAACGUGUAUCCCGAACUGGCAGUGCCGAAACCAACGAAGUCGGCUUCCUUCAACGAAAUCCGUCAGGGCUCGUUCUGCUUCGACACGAUGGGUCACCUCAUAGAUGGAAUGGUCGGUCUGUACCAGUGCCAUCACACCGGUGGCAACCAAGACUGGGGCCUAACGUCGACCGGCUUCAUCAAGCAUCACGACCUGUGUUUGGGUCUGAGUGAGUUCGUAAAAGGUGAACAAGUAACGAUGCGCGUCUGCGAUGGAUCGGAUAACCAAAAGUGGAGGCUUCUGGAGCCGGGCGGUCUCCUCAAGCACGAACUCGCCUCGCUCUGCGUGGACACAUCCAGUUCAGAUCUCAGGGGCCUCGUGGUGGAGAAAUGCAACAGCAAUUCACGCACGCAAAAGUUCGAGCUGAUCACGUGAAAAACUCACCGGCUGCGUGUCCUCACGUGACAUUCGACGAUUAAAUUAUAUAAAAUAAAGAAAAGAAAAAAUAACUAAAUAAAACGAAACCCAAAAGACAGCUUGUUGUCAAUUCAUAAGAAAAACAAAACAAUUAUAGGCGAGAUACACCUUUCUGGGAGGCUGCAAUAAUUUACAAAAAAAAAACAAUAUAAAUAUAUAUAUAUUAUACAUACAUACAUAAAA